AUGAAAACGGAGGUCUCAACCGCUGCCACUUUUAUCAGCAGUUUACUGAGAACUAAAGGCUCUCUCACUGAAGAUGAGUUGCAUCUUUUCACUGAGACACUGUUCAGUGCUCUGCUAGAGCACUAUCACCACCAUUGGUUUCCUCAAGCUCCCUGCAGAGGCUCUGGCUAUAGAUGUUUAAGGAUCAACCACAAAAUGGACCCACUCAUAGGCAAUGCAGGCUCUGCCGUUGGACUUACACAAGAGCAGCUUUUCUCAUUGCUUCCAAAAGAGCUGACCUUGUGGGUGGACCCUUACGAAGUUUCCUAUCGAAUUGGCGAGGAUGGAUCCACAUGUGUUCUCUACGAGUCCUCACCAGCACAGCCUAAAUGUGCCACCUCAGCAGAUACAUCAGGCCACUACAAGGAGGAACAGAUACUCAGACGAUCAAAUCGAUCAAAAGGGUUCAGCAUAAUGGACGUGCUAAGUUUGAGAGGUUUUACACCAAAACCCACACUCUGA